AUGGCGACGAGUUCUCGUUCGACGUCACCUGCAACUGCGCCAUUUGUGCGUGCCUUCCGUUUCUCCACCCAGCAACAACCACAGCCCCAGCACGACCCACAUCCCCGUCGCCAGGCCGUCAAGUCUCCGGAACCUCUCGUUCGCACGCGAUCAUCAUCCCUAAGGUCUGUUCCUACUGAAGAGGGCUCUGCGAGUUCACCGACGUUCACCAACCCCUUCAUAUCACAGUCAAAUGGAUCGAGUUCCUCCGCCACGCACGACAGCCUAUUCUCAUCUCCCGCCUUUUCUUCCCAGGCGCUUGCCAGCCAUCCCAAGCGCACUCGUGGCAGCUUCCUCCUGUCUACCUCCGGACUGCCAUUCGGGCGGCCCAAGAGCAGAAGCAAGAAAAAGCCUGUGCCCACCAAGCCCACGCCCUUCCUCUUCUCCGAAGUCAUCGAGAUCAGUGCCCCCCCGCCGCGAGACAAUGAGGAUGAGGAGCGCGAGCGCCUCCGUGACGCCGCGGCGCAGUCCAUCGGGCUCGACCCGGGCCUGCUCGAAGAACAGCGCAGCCCACCCGCUGCACUCGAGCCAGACUCCGACACCGAGGCGGCAGAGCCAGCACCAGAGGAGCGCACCCCCUCAGCGACGCCCGUCCCUCAUCUGCCACCGUUUCCGUCCACCCAUGCUUCGCUCGAGCCAUUCGUGCUUCUCUCUGCCCGCAUCCCCAAGCAUUAUCCCCCACCGUCCUUACUUAUGUUCGCGCUCUCCCGGCAGUGGAAGAUGCGUACCGUCAUGUUGACGUCCACUGCGACGGGUAAAGGCGCUGGCGCGGCAUGUUUGCAUGUGUUCAAAAACCACACCGCGGAGGAGCGCGAACUGGAGCGCCUCGAAAUCGGUCCAGACGGCGUCGUCUUCGUCGCGGAAGAGGAGGUCGGCGGGCGCCGCAGUGUCGUCAAAGUUGGCGGACUUGGUGCCGAGAUGACCCUUCACAUCGUCGACCCAGCCGAGGCGCAGAGCUGGAUAACUGCCAUCAAGCACGCUGUACUCACGCAGAGGUCUGUACGUGCAGGACUUGGGAUCAUGGCGCACCACACCGGCGGCUUCGCUCCGCGCGGCGACAUGGACGUCAUGCUCUCGAUGCGAGCGCAAGGCAUGAUCGCCUCGCCAACGUCGAGCACGUUCUCCCCCGAUGUCACGAGCUCGCACAGCACGCAGCGUUCUGCCGCCGUCACGCGGACGCCGUCGACUGCGGUGUCUGCUUUGAAAGGAUUGUUCUCGGGAGCGAACUCGCGUCCGCGGUCUCCUUCCGUCGCGUCGAGCGUCGCAGGCCGGAAAGUGGAGAGCGAGCAGGAUGAGUCAUUCGGGCGGACUGGUUCGAACCUGAUGCACAUGCUCAGGUCGAACAGCAUAUCCGUCGAGCGCCCGUUGUCCCCUGUGCUUUCUAGUACGCCCGUGCCAUCGACGCCCUCCACACCGCGAGUUAUGGAUGCGCCGCUGUUUGCGACGCACCUCGACCGCAAAAUUGUGCAGGACCAAGAUAGAGAGCUGAUCGAACCCAGUGUGACCGCAAACGGAAGCGGCAAUGGCGUGACUGGCCCAAUAUCGCAUCUCCAUCAUACGCGCACGAUGGAGAGAGUCGGCUCACCGUCGUUGCAGCCCCCUCCGCGGCGGCGUGCGUGGACAGCGAGUAGUGCACCGAUGGGUCCCAGAGCUCGUCCUGAUGGUGCGCCCUAUACCCAUAACAAUGGUAGCACAGUGGAGAGUUUCGGCGUGCGUAGGCCCAACGACGACUUACAAUCUUCUACUACUCCGUCUUCGUCGAAGGGGUGCACUGUUGAAACUUCACCUCCCGAGCAGGAAGGGCGUCCGCGUACCUCAUCAUCUUCUGUGUCUUCGUUUGCGUCGGGCGAGAGAACUUCAUCCGAGUUCGGCGGGAGCAAGCGCUGGUCUCGCCAGGGCAUGCUGCCACACAGGCUCACCCCGCCGAGUGGCCCUCCUCCUGCCAUUCCCGUUUCUCGAUCUCCUGCCAGCUUCCGGUCAUCGAUACAGCGCCAUCCGUAUGCAUCUGACGGCUCACCCGAACAGCCAGCGUCUCCGCAAUCCAGCCCUCGGAGUCUUGUCGUGAGCUUGCAAAAUUUCUCUAAGCGCACAUCUAGUUCCUCCAAUCAUAGUAACAGCACCGUUAGCACUACACAUUCCUAUUCCCGAGGUGGAGGAGGCGGCAGCCUGUUUGGUCCUCAUCGUCCAAUGUCGUCCCACAGGAUGUCAAUACCACCUCCCCAGCGUCCAGCGCCAGUGACAGCGCUUCCCCCAACACCAGCGGAAGGUGUACCAGAGGAAUCGCCUACCUCAAUUCCUGCUGCGACAGCCCCCGUCUCCAAGAUAUCGUUUCGCGAAUCUCUUGCAUUGCGGUCACAGCGAUUCUCCCUCGCACCGCCCACGCUUCCUCCAUCGUCCUCGCUUCCGCCUCGUCCGGAUGAGGUGGGCGUGCGUACGCACCGGCGGAGUUCCAGCAACGGCAAUGUAUCUUUCUGGCCUCUCCCUAGCUCCUCAAAACCGCUAGUCUCCCCACAUCCUCCCCCCACAGGCCCUCUUCCUCCAACUCCAGUCUCGCAGCCUCCCCCGCGGGCAACGUCUAUCAGGCAACGUCUACGUAUGAUGAGUGCUCCAGCGACCCCGCCUCCUUUAGCGACGGCCUUAUUGUCCUCAACAAACCCCCCUUCUCCCGCUCCAUCCACCAUUAACCCAUAUACUUUCCCUCCGACACAGAUCGGCGAGCCCAUUACCCCAUUCCCAAAUGAUCCCACUUUCGUCGUAACCUCACCUCCCACGCCGCCGCUCUGCCCUGUACGGCCACCAUCGCCUGAACCGUCACCUGUGUAUGGUAUCACAUCGCUGUCCCCUCCACCUCGCCGCGGUUCUCGACGUUUGUCUGGUCAAGAAGAAAGAGUCUUACGUCGUCGACCGUCUACAGCUGACGGAGCAGACACUCCCGACGGCCAUCAGCUGUCAAUGUCACUUUCUCCUUCGGCGGUAUCUCUGGUAGAUAUUCGCAUUUAG